AUGAAGACCGCUCCGGUAUUGUGCGUGGCAGCCUUCGCAGUAGUGCUGCAGGCUAUGUGCGCGACCGCAGCCGGCGGUGAACGCCAGCAACAGCAACAGUUACCGCUGUUCUUCCAAGCGGGCCGACCGUUCAACGCGCCCGGCGCCCCGUUGCCCAAAUUCGUGGGAAUCGCGGGUAACCAGCCGCCUCAGGCGUUCCGCACUGCACCACCGCAGGUGGACGAGGAACAGGAGGACGAGGAACAACGCAACGACGACGAACCGCACCAGCGCAACGUGCUCGCUCCCACACCGCUGCCGUUCAGACCGCAACCGACACCACAGUUCAGUCAAUUCCGCGCUUCUCCGUCGCCGUCCCCGCAGACCUUGCAGCCGAUCCGCAUCAACAGGCCAACCGAAACUCCAAUCAGAAGACCGCAGCCUCCUUCGCCAUCGCAGUUCAAGUCGUUGUCCAGCCAACCGUUGUCGGAAGAAGCCCAGGAGUUAGAAGAAGAAAAAGAAGAACCCGACCGUCUUACCCAACUGUUGCCCCAAUCUAAAUUCACUUGCGGUGGUAAAAAAACCGGUUAUUACGCUGACGAUGGUCUGGACUGCGAAGUGUUCCAUUACUGUCAAGACAGUGCUAGACACUCUUGGAUAUGCCCGGAAGGUUUCGUUUUCCACCAGGUGCAUCUGAUCUGCAUGCCACCGAGCAGUGAGAACAUUUGCAAACAGUCGACCCAGUACCACUUCGUCAACGACUUCCUGUACAGGCCGGUGAACACGGAGGAAGCCAACUCCCGACCAAACGUGACACUCAGGUACGGAGACCGGUACUACCCAGGUAGCAGUUUCGAGGCAGACGAGGAAUACGACCGCGAGGAAGAGGCGCCAUCGCAGAGACCGCAACAGUUCAGACAGCAGCCGGUGCUCAGACAGCGCAUUCAACAGCAACAGCCCCAGCCCACACAACAGCACGUGCUGUCCACCCCACGCCCGGUGCAAUUGCAGCAACAGCAACAGCUCCAACAUCAGCAACAGCCACAGCAACAGUUCGCCCGACAACCAUCUCCCAACCAAGUGUUCCACACGUCCGAGGAGAUCAACAUACCGUUGCAACAGAGGCGACCAGUCGUAUUGCAGCAGCAGCGACCCAGCUUCCAACAGCAACAGCAACAGCUCCAGCAGCAACAGCAACAGCAAAACGACUUUGACUUCAGGAGGAAGUAG